UGUAUCAUAAAAUGUGAUGAUAAUGUGACAAAAUCAACAAAAUGGACUAAAAAUAUCAAACUGGCGGGGAACAGAAACUUCAGCGGCGAACCGCCGCGUUCGACCGCCUACUACUACGCAGAUUUAGAAAAAAUCAAACGCCAAAACGGCCAGGUUGAAACUGGCCGUCAUGACCGACAAUCUGACCGACAAGCUGGCAGAAAGGACCGUCCAGAUGACCGACAGGCCGACACAGAACAGCACCCGAACGAGCUGAGCGAAUACGUUGAAACAAACGAGAUUUUCAAUGAUGGAGCUGUCAAAGAAAUUCCACCGCUUCGAGAUAGAUGGAACGUUCCAGAAAGAAAGCUGGAAGAGACGUAUUCCACAGCGGGAACGUUCCCAAUGCCCGAGCCAAAGGAAAAGGAACCUUUGUUAGCAGAACUUGAGGUUGUAGGUCGUGUGCCAUUGACGCAAUUGGAUUCGACUACUGGGGUUAGAAGGAGCAGGAGUUGGUACUUGUGCUGCCCUAAUAUGGGAGAGGAGGAUAUAUCAAGGGAGUCGUCGUGGAGGUACUCCAGUUUACGGCCUGUGACUGCGCCGCCUAUACCUGGACAGAAUGGCAUUCAUCUUGCAACACAAAGCAGCGGCCGCGACGACAUAGUCAGUCUGCGCGCGGAACGCGACGCGCUCGCACGUGCGCUUGCGAGCGAGCGUCAACGCGCGGCGACAGCUGCUAGAGCGCAUGACGCUAGAUUGGCAGAGUUGCAUGGGGUUAUAGCGGAGUUGGUUAGGAGGAGGGCAGCUGAUAAGAAGGCUAAAGCGAUACCGGAGGAGGAGGUUUCUGAUGAAUGUGAAUCCACAACCCAACCAGCUGGCGAAUUAGAUAAUGAUGGAGAUCUGUCUAGAACGGAACAGAACGAAAACUCGUCAAUAGUAAGUCCAGCGGAAUUACCAACACCACAAGAGCCUAAAGACCUGCCCGAAGAUACAACAGACACUAGUACUUAUGAAAUUAGAAUACAACCAACAUUAGAAGUAUCUCCUCCUCAAGAUUCAGAAAACUGUUCAAGCUUGCGUCUCUCUGAGAGAGACUCGGAGAUCUGUGUGAGCACAGCAAGAUGUUGUCAAUACACACGAGCGGCUCACGGAUCAACGAAUAGCUGUCAACGGGAGAGAGGCUCACCAGCUUUGUUACCGCCGUCACCAGGUCGUUGCGAGUCGAGACAGGCAAAAAUAGCGUCUAGAGUUAAACUCAAGAAAACAGAAGACGCUGAAACUAAUCAUCUUUCUAAUGAAGAGUGGUGUGUAGAAGCAGCAGAAAGGUUGGCUUUGGAUGUGUGCGCUCAAGCUGAUUUGCGAGAAGCGUUAGUGGCCGCUAACCAUGAGGAAGAAUCGAUAACAGCGGAACUAUGGAAGGCCCGUUGCAUUCGUCUCGCGGCCGAGUGUCGCGUGUUGGACGCCGCUCUGCACAGAGCUGUCGACACACAGCAUCGGCUAUCCUGCGCUUGUGCAAUGCACGAGUCGUCGUCGGUAGUGCUCUGUAGUGCGCUCAGAGCUGCCGACAGAGCGCUAGAGACGUAUGACGUGUUACUGGCGCUAGCUGAGACGCAACACGAGCCGACCAGUGCGGAGCGGCAAGCAGCUGAAGACGUGGCUACAAGACUCCUUCGUCGUUUGGAGAGUGGCCCCACGUGGGGACAACCGCUCUUGUCCCCGGGGCCAUGGCAUGAUCACCAUCAGAGCAACCCGUCCGAAGGCCCUGGGGCUCCCUGGGGCCCGGAGGCCGAAGCCCGACUGCGGUCGCACGCGGCGUCUCUCAAGCGGGACACGGUCGCGCUGCGGGCGCUCCGCCCCGCGCCUACCAUGUACUCGCCGCACGAUUUGGAUGAAAGUGAAGAUUGCAAGUCAGUAGAUGGUGUCACAGAUAUGGAAACAGCUGUCAUGAUGCAGGAAGUGCUUUUGGCGAGAGAGAACAGAGUUGUGGAGAGAGCUGCGUCCAUUUUGCACAAACAGACAUCACAUAAGAAUGAAACAUCGAGAAGCAAAAGAAGGAGUGAAAGGAAACAUUGGUUGGACACGCAGGCCUCAGAGACAGACUUAUAAAAUACUAGCUUUCCGCCCGCGGCUUCGCCCGCGUUUUCAAAGAAAAACCCGCAUAGUUCCCGUUCCCGUGGGAUUUCCGGGAUAAAACCUAUCCUAUGUUAUAAUCCAAGUUA